AAGGAUGAAGGCCGUGGAGUGAUGGGCCUGCUGCCAUGGCCCUUGCCAAGUUCAGUGAGGACCUGGCGAGAGCGCUGAAGGAGCAGGGCACUCCAGUGGAGUCAGCGCUGGACAGCCCGGUCAACAGCCCUUGCAAGCCUGCGCCAGGCCGAGGCUUCAGCUUCUUCGCCCAGCUGGGUCUGUCCAGCGCCUCCACCGGCUGCGGCAGCCCCCCCACCCCAGGGCUCAGGGAGGAGGAGGAGACCCCGGAUGAGGGCGCAGGUGCUCGCUUCCUCUUCGGGGGUGCUUGCCUUCGUCCGCACACCGAGGGCAGUCUCGGCGCCCGGUCUGUGGAGGAGCGUGUGGAGUCCGGCCGGCGCUUGCGGCAAGCCAAAAACCGGUCAGGUUUGGAGGAGUCGGCCAAAGGCCUGGAACCUGGAUCGGCGGGGCCCGUGGCGGCGGCCUGGCUGAUGCGCAACGCCUGCGCGGCGCUGAAUCCAGGUUUGGGUGCCGGGUCGGAGCGCGCGGAGUCCGACCGGUGCCUCGCCGAAGACCGGCCAGGCGCGCUCUUGGCCGGAUCCGUCUCAGGUCCUGACGGCGGCCUCUCCGGCUGAAGUCACCUCACACGAAGCCAUGUGAGUUACAGAAAAUCUUCUCCUGGUGUGCUCACACGAAGCAUCUCUCGCGCCAUUUCCCGAGCGGUUCUGUGGUUCCGCCCAUGUUUGGGGUUUUUCUGUGGAUGGCCAAAUCCUUGCGCCAGCUUUGGCGGC